UUUGACAGAAACCGCUGCCACACUGUACAGAUUCACAGCAGCAGUCGAUCAAUUAAAAAUCAAUUAUCUCCAGUUUUUCUGCGAGUUACUCAGUUAAGUGACGAUGUUGCCCAAAGACUCUGCAAAACAAAAGAUAGUGGAACACCUUACCCGUCAUAUUCCUUCAUUUGAGGACGUUUUCGAUGAGGAAUCGUUCUACAUCUUUGUGUUCUUUGUUGUCGUCGCCACCAUUGUGGGCGCAGUUUUCUUGUCUAAGAGAGUGAACCUCAAAGAUGGAGGACACCUUGACUAAAUCUAGGGACAUCACAUAAUGUAAAUGUUGUAGAAUAAGAAAUUAAUUGUUGUUUUGUAGAUUUGAUACCUUUUGUUCUGUUUUCUUGUUGUAUUAUUUUAUUUUUUGUUUUUAAUUACUGUCUCUUUUACAUGUAUUUAGUUUUAAUUCAAAGGCAUUCAAUUUAUUUACAAUAUACCGUUACUAUAUUCGGUUGUUAAAGCAAAUUUGUGUUCAUUUUAUCACUCAUGUUCUAGUCAAACUAAAUUAAAGCAAAAAUGAAUAGGCUUUUGACUUUGUUUAUAGUUUUCAUGAUUUCACUGAUAGAUCUGACUGUUACAACCGUUUUAUAUUCCCAUGGCAAUCAGUUUAAUAACACUUUUUCCUAUGCAUUUUCCUUGUUUUCAUUUUCUCGCUCAACAUUUGAUGUGUGGUCUCUGGUCAUUAUGAGAACAUCUGUGAUUAUGGGUAUUGUGAUAGGAGCUCUAUGGGGUAAACAAGAUGCCUCAGCAAAAAUUCAGUCCAAGCUGUACUUUGCAAUUGGUCUUUCAAUUGUUUUCUCAAUAUUUACGCUGGUGAAACUUCUGAUAGUUUCGGAAAAUAAAGCAGUCAUGGGUGAUAAGUGGUUCUGGGCUUUGUUUGGGUGGACGUUGUUUGCAGAUACAUGUUUGAUAUUUCAAUGGAGAGCAGUUGGAAACGUCAAGUACGAUGCUACACAUCACACCUUGUUGAUAAACGCAGAUACAGAUGGAUCUGAAGAUAAGCAUCUACAGAAUGAUGACAACAAUGGCAGUGGAAAUGGAAAACAAAAAGCAGUUCCUUCAAAGGUGAAGAAAGGGACAGUGCUGCGAAUCAUAAAAUUCUCCAUGCCAGACUGGCCAUUGAUCACCACCGGCUUUGUAUUCCUGACCAUAUCUGCAACAGGUGAGAUUUUUAUCCCGUUCUACACUGGACGGGUGGUUGAUGGUAUCGUGAUAGACAAAUCUCAGACAGAGUUUACCCAUGCCAUUGUCAUCAUGGCUCUCAUUUCUGCUGGAAGUUCCCUGGCAGCCGGUAUUCGUGGUGGGUGUCUGUUUAUAGCAGUGAGGAAAAUCAACAUCCGUAUCAGGAACUCCCUGUUCACAGCCAUCCUCAGACAGGAGAUUGGCUUCUUUGACAAAGUUCAGACAGGAGACAUAACAUCUCGUCUCACCUCUGACACGACCACAAUGAGUGAUGGCCUCGCAGUCAAUGUGAACAUAAUCCUGCGAAGUGUCAUAAAGGCAGGGGGCGUGUUAUUCUUCAUGAUGAAAUUGUCAUGGCAACUAACUAUUGUCACAUUGAUUGGACUGCCUCUCAUUAUCGGUAUAUCAAAUGUGUAUGGGAAAUAUUAUAAGGUUCUAGCUGAGAAGGUCCAGAACAGCCUAGCAGAGGCCAAUAACGUAGCCGAAGAGGAUUGUUCCACUAUGAGGACGGUCAGAAGCUUUGCUAACGAGACGGGGGAAGUACAGAGGUAUGCGGACAAGCUUGCAGAAACAUUCAAACUCAACAUGAGACAAGGAUUCAUGUAUUCCGGAUAUGUCGUUUGCUCCAUGUGGUUUGAACUAGGUCUUACCGUAGCAGUACUGUACUAUGGUGGUCACCUCGUUAUCAGUGGUCAUUUAACUGGAGGAACCCUUAUUUCCUUCAUACUCUACCAAGUACAGCUUGGGAACUGUCUCAAUGAUAUUGGCAUUGAAUACACUGGUCUGAUGGAAGCAGCUGGUGCCUCAGAGAAGGUGUUUGAGUAUAUAGACCGGGUACCAGCCAUACAUAAUCAAGGAACCAAAGACCAAGAACCAGCUGGUCAUAACCAGGGUGACCAAGUUCAGCAGAGGAACCAGUCAUGUGACCAAAGUAACCAGGCAUGUGAUCAAGUGCAGGGCCAUAUUGAGUUCCAGGACGUCUGUUUCACCUACCCAUCCAGGCCUGAUGUACAGGUUCUCAAGAACCUCAGUUUUUCUGUACGUCCCGGUGAGGUCAUAGCAUUAGUUGGCUGUAGUGGUGGGGGCAAGACGUCAUGCGUAAACCUGCUGGAGCACUUCUACGAGCCUGACCGUGGACAGGUGCUCCUAGACGGGCGGCCAAUACACACUUACGAUCACAGCUUUCUGCAUAGACAGAUAUCCCUGGUGGGCCAGGAACCAGUGUUGUAUGCUCGGACCAUAGAGGAGAAUAUCCGGUAUGGCCUAGCUGAGCAUGAAUGGACAAUGACCAGUGUCCAGGAGGCUGCAGAGAUGGCCAACGCCCACAAGUUUAUCUCAGAAUUGAAGGAUGGAUACAAUACACAGGCUGGAGAAAAGGGAGUGCAAAUGUCAGGGGGCCAAAAACAACGAAUCGCAAUUGCUCGAGCCCUACUGAGGAAGCCACGUGUCCUGUUACUUGACGAGGCUACGAGCGCACUGGAUGCAGAGUCCGAGUUUCUGGUGCAGCAGGCGCUCUACAGGAAUAUGGCAGGACGCACAGUGAUUGUCAUCGCACAUAGGCUUAGCACCGUGGAGAGGGCGGAUAAAAUUAUCGUCAUUGAUAAGGGACAGGUAAUGGAGAAAGGCUCACACCAAGAGCUUCUGCAAUCGAAAGGGAUGUACGCCAAUCUUGUAAAACGACAGUUACUGCUCACUGAUUCUAGCUGGUCAGGUGACCUCACUCAAGAGAGACAACCUAGCAUUCAAGGGAAGGAACUGGAAAUCCAAGAAAGAGAAUUAUCAACAAAGGGAGAUAAUUUGAGAGAUAAUUAUGUGUGUUCAUGUUGUGGAAAAAAUGUGAAGAAGGGAGUUAAACCUGAUUUACAAGAGGAUGGUAAUACAUCUAGAUUACGAUAUCGUGAUAGGUUUCGAACUAGGGACCACAUGAAUUUCCUUGUUGGGUCAGUUUAAGAUAUCUGUUUUGAAGAUAUAAUGAGGUUGUGGAAUGUCACUUGGAUGAGUGUGUGUAUGUGUGGGCAACUUCGUAUGAGCUUCAUCCACCAGCUCUUGUACUUUGUACAAGGUAAGAUUGACAAGUACAAUAGGUCAAGUAAAGUGACUUUUUUGUGUGAAUCAGCGAGCCCUCAAGUACACAUUUUCAGUGCUAGUUUCUUCACUGCAACUUUUACGUGUAUGUGAACCUACACUGACAAUAACACAUACACACCAUGUUUCGCGAACUGUCUUUUGAUGGUAUAGGUAGUUAAAAUUCUUUAAAAAAAAUGGAUUUAUUGAUCUGCUUUAAGAAUUGACUGCAACUUUAUUCAAGUUAUGACACAGUGUUAAUGAACAAAAACAUCUCUUAUACCCAUUUGUCCUGAUACCUAAAUGAAUCAUAACCCUAUCAUGUGUGAUAUAAGUUUGCUUGUAUUUUAAGCUAGUAAGUGAUCACAUUUCUUUUUUUUCUUUCAGUUUACGGGAAAUAAAGGUUAAAAUGAAGCAUCUUGCAAUAUAUAUAUAUACAAGUAUAUACAACAGUAUUUAUCACUAAAAGCUUGAUUAACUUUAUGUUUGAAAUCCAAGUACAGAUGUAUUCUAAGUUUUAUUAAAGAAUUUGCACUUGGUAGUCGGUACAAGUAGUGUAUCCCUUAUUUGUAUUAUAUAUUUAUUUAUUGAAGCAAACUAUUUUGAAGUCCAUUAGUUUUAUUGUGACAUGCUAGUCUUACUGUUCUUUUUUAAGGUUAGUGUUAUUUAAACUGAAUGGUGUUAGAAAUUCAGGUACAUUUUAUUUGCAUAAAAUGACAUUCAUAUUUGUUUUCGUAUAUUUUAUUUGGAAUAAAUCUUGC